AUGCGACAUCUCGGAAUCUCCUCUCUCCUAACGUCGCUGCUUUACGCGACCGGGAUCUCUGCCGCCCAGGAUCCCAACGAUGUCUCCAUCCUGAUCAACGAGGCCGCGCGCGCCAACAACCAGUCGCUGCUAUGGGGCCCCUACAAGUCCAAUCUGUACUUCGGGGUGCGCCCUCGAAUUGCGAACAGCCUGUCUGCAGGCUUGAUGUGGGCUAAGGUCGAUGACUUUGCCACGGCGCAGCAGAACUUUAGACAUACCUGCGAACAAAAUGAAGGCAUGGCCGGGUACGGCUGGGACGAAUAUGACGUGCGAAAGGGCGGACGCGAAACGAUCCACGACGCGGGAAAUCAAUUGGACCUCACGAUCGACUUCAUCAAGGUCCCUGGCGGCCAGAAUGGAGGUAGCUGGGGUUUCCGCGUGAAGGGUACUCCACGCGAGGACGGUAGCGAGCACCAGCCGACCUCAAUGAUUUUCUAUACCACACUGGAGGGGCUUGGUGAAUUGAGCGUCGAUCCAAAUACGGUGUCGGCCAGCUCGCCUCUUCAGGGCGACCUGAAGCUCAAUGGGUACUCUUCGGAGCUGGGUGAUUUCUCCAUUGAUGUCACCUCUGGUCCGGACAGCAAUGAGUAUUUCUUGCAUGAUCAUGCUACCUAUGAGGAUAAGCCACUGGGUCAGGGUAUUGUGUCUAGUGCGACUAUGCCGCAACAGCAUCUUUGGCAGGCGAAGGGUAUUCUUUUUACUCAGAUGAAGGGUGAAGUUGAGAAGACUAUCAACGAGUAUGGAACGGACAACCCGCCGCCCCCAGCUCAGUUGUUUACUAUUCCCCAUAAAGUCUUCACCGGCGCAUUCGAGUUUGAUGUCCUGUUCUCCUCUGGCUCAGCUCCCAAGCCCAUGACUUCCGAGACCAUCACCGAGGAGCUCAAGAAAUCCUCACUAUCCUUCUCGGAAAGAUUCAAUGAAGUCUUGGAGCCCAAGGCGCCGUUCAAGGCAAAGGAGUAUACCAAAUUCUCCAAGGCUAUGCUCUCUAACCUGAUUGGUGGUGUUGGAUUCUUCCACGGCGACGACGUUGUUGACCGUUCCGGCUCUCCGGCAUACGAUGAAGAGAAUGAAGGCUUCUGGGAGGAGACUGCAGAGGCAAGAGCUGCUGCGAAACCGGUUCUGGAGGGACCCAAGGAUCUCUUUACUUGUGUCCCCUCUCGGCCGUUCUUCCCCAGAGGUUUCCUUUGGGACGAAGGUUUCCACCUGAUGCCCGUCAUGGAAUAUGACUCUGAUCUUGCGCUUGAGAUCAUCAAGAGUUGGUUCCACCUGAUGGACGAGGAUGGCUGGAUUGCUCGCGAGCAAAUCCUUGGAAUGGAAGCUCGCAGCAAGGUUCCCCAAGAGUUCACCAUCCAGUACCCUCAUUACGCUAACCCUCCCACCCUUUUCAUGGCUCUGGAAGCCUUCAUGGACAAGGCCAAGGCCAACAACAAGAGCCACCAGCCUGGAUCCCUCGACAUCCCCGAUCUGGCCGAGGAUCUCCGCACUGCGACCUUAAACAAUCCCGAGCUGUCCGAUGCCUACCUUCGCUCCUUCUACCCUUUGAUGAAGAGACACUACCACUGGUUCCGCAACACCCAGCGUGGUGACAUCAAGGGAUAUGACCGCGAGGCCUUCUCAACCAAGGAAGCCUACCGCUGGCGCGGACGUUCUGAGCAGCAUAUCCUGACCUCUGGCAUUGACGACUACCCCCGUGCCCAGCCUCCUCACCCCGGUGAAUUGCACGUCGACCUUAUCAGCUGGAUGGGCAUGAUGACCCGUACUCUGCGCCGCAUCGCCGAGACUCUGGGCGAAGAAGAGGACGCGGAAGAAUUUGCUUACUACGAAACCGCCAUCACCCGCAACAUCGAUGAUCUCCACUGGAACGAGAAGGAGCAGACUUUUUGCGACGCUACCAUCGACGAGUUCGAGGAGAGCGUCCAUGUCUGCCACAAGGGCUACAUCUCUAUAUUCCCCUUCCUGACCGGCAUGUUGGGCCCUGACAGCCCCCGUCUCAAGGCCGUCCUGGACCUGAUCUAUGACCCCGAAGAGCUGUGGAGUGAAUACGGUAUCCGCAGCCUGAGCAAGAAGGAUAAGUUCUACGGUACCGCGGAGAACUACUGGAGAAGCCCAAUCUGGAUGCCUAUCAACUACUUGGUGGUGAAGAAUCUCUACGAUACUGCCAUCACCUCUGGCCCUCACCAGGAGCAGGCCCGGGAGAUGUACUCCAAGUUGCGGAAGAACCUGGUCGAGAACAUCUUCAAGGAAUGGAAGGAGACCGGAUUCGCCUGGGAGCAGUACAACCCCGAUACCGGCAAGGGCCAGCGCACGCAGCACUUUACCGGCUGGACCAGUAUGGUGGUGAACAUCAUGGCCAUGCCUGACCUGGCCGAGGGCGCUGACAGGGCUCAUGACGAGCUAUAG